GGCCCCGGCGGUGCUCAACAGGAACGCAAGCCUCGUGAGGCCAUCUUGGACCUGGCAAAGUUCCGGGAUAAGGCUAUUACCGUCAAGUUUAACGGUGGUCGCGAGGUCGUCGGUAUUCUGAAGGGCUUCGACCAGCUUAUGAAUCUCGUCCUCGAUGAGGUUAAGGAGACGCUGCGAGAUGACGAGGGAAACGAGCACACGCGCGAGCUUGGACUGGUGGUAGCGAGGGGACCGAUGUUGACAUUGAUCUCACCUGUUGACGGCAGCGAGCGGAUCGAGAACCCGUUCUUGGAGCAG